CUAAAAUUCUACCACACGUGCCUAUCAUUCCAUUUCCCCCCCCUGGACCUAAUGACAAGGACACAGAAUAAGCGCACUCUAAAUCUGAUACUCAAGGUUGCCAGUUCCAUCUUAGUACGAUGGAACGCAUGAUCGAAGCCAUAAGGAACUUAAUCCAAAUGGCAGCACCCAGUAUAUCUGUCCAGAUAGCUGAAUAUGCUUAUCCUUCUAACACCACCGGCAAGAUAUACUCCCUUCCUCAGGAACUCAUUAACGCCAUCAUCGAUGAGAUCCACAGCGAUCCGGACCCAAAGACCGCCCGGCGCACCCUCAAAUCGUGCGGCCUCAUCAGCAGGAUCUUCCUCCGCAGAACACGAGAGCACCUAUUCCGCCACAUCACGAUUCGGUCGAUCCCUGAGUGUCAGGAACUUCUUGCCCUCUCCCAAGUCCACUCGUUCACCACAUCCCUCACCAUCAUAUUCCAGAGUCGUCGGCCCCACGUUAGAGGCUAUGAAAUGAUAUCCACCCUAACGGAGCUUCCUUCUCUUAUUGACGCACUCCACAACCUCAAUACCAUCAAGCUUUGCGGGAUGGACUGGAAAUCUGUAUCUCAGCGAUUCAUCGAUUCCUUAGCAUCGAGUUCCUUCAUGUCCAUCACCCUUAUGCAUACACAUUUUCCCGAUUCCAAUGCUUUCUAUUCUUUCCUAUCUCACUCACCCAACCUGCGUCAGUUGUCCUGCUUCAAAACGACCAUCGAUAGCAGUGAUCGUCCUCCAUUCCGCGCUAAUUUCGAUGUUUCUCAUCGGCCGCGUAUCACCGAGCUGUCUCUCCGUGAAAUGAAUCAGAUAACAGCUAUGCUGUCGACACCUGCUCUCUCCCCUGUGAAUUUAAGCGGACUGCGUGUUCUUGACGUGUUCCUAGAGGAAGUUGGCCAAUUUGAUCAGGCGCAUCGACUGAUGAACCUAACUGCGCAUUCUCUCGAGGUUCUUCGCGUCUCUCAAUUAUUAACACGACCAGCAGAUCGGUCCCAGUAUUUCCCCAUUGAUCGUUUGAAAUCCAUCAUGAUCGAGACAUGUGAUUCUUGCCUAGUUGUCUUCAACUGGUGGAUCGAACAUUUCGAGAAGUACCCGGCUAUGCAAUGUUCUUCUAUGCACCUCUUUGUCUGCGUACUCACAAACCCGGUUCGCACAUUAGCAGACUACGCUGGUUGGAAGAGACUGGAUAUCGCUCUAUCUCGGACUUCCAUCCGCUCGCUUCAAGUUGUUGUUACUCUCGUCGCUACGAGUAAUACAAUACUAGCAUCGGAGCAUUCCGCGAUGAAAUCCGCCGUUGAGGAAAAUCUUCCUAUCUUGAUGAGCCGGGGGAUCGUGCGCGUUCAUGUUGAUUUUUACAAGAAACAUAACAGCUGUAGGCGGAAAUUUCCUUCUAGACUAAGGGACGAUGUUGAGCGUUAUCUUGCGUCUGAGUAAUCGCGUAUUUUCUGAGAGGAUCCAAAGGAUUAGGCAAUCUGGGCUGGUCCUUUAGCUUAACCACAUCCACGUUGAAUCCACUUUGCACAACACCUUUCUCACUUACCUCAUCCACAGCAGAGUGCCCAAGUCUUCCCGGCUCACUGCCCGCUG